AUGGCGUCACCGCCCACUGCUCUACCCACGGAGGUGGCCCACAUGGGCCCGAACAGGUUUGUCGUAAGCACCGCACGUCAUCGCCAUCGCCCGCCGCGCGAUGCACGUUCCCCUGACCCCAGAAGUAUCAUCGCGGAGCGCCAAUCCAGACAGCAGAAAUGUGCACACUCUCGGCCGGUGCGUGGCGCGAAGCGCGAAGCUCGCCCGCCCAGAAGCGCUGUGAUGCUACCCACGCGGCACCUCGUGUGCCCCGCGGCGACCCGUGAUAUGCUCGUGCUCCGAAGGCUGCCGAUUCUGCGCGGUAUGUACACGACGGAUUGCGCUAACAGCGGGGCCCUCGAGCUGCGCGGCGGUCUGAGGAACACGAGGCGGACGUGA